AUGGGUAAUACGGGCUCUAAUGAGAGCGCUAUUUCGGAGGAGGUCCUCGACGAACGCGUCGAGCUGACGUAUCUUACAAUGACACGAAACAAGAAGAAGGUGAAGAAACACGUGUGCUUGAGUGUUGUGCAGAAAUUAAAGCUAAUCGAGAAAUUGGAACAAGGCAUCUCAAUUACGGAUAGAUCCAGUGGUAUUAAUGUACAACAGCUCCAGUUGAAAUCGGAGUUUAAUGCUCUUGUAACACGUAUGGGACUCAGUAUCAAGAGUACUGAUGUAUGGCUGGUGAAUUUUAAAAAGAGACAUGGCAUUAUAGUUUCUUUGAGCGAUGCAUCCUUUAGUGAACCUUUAGAAUCAGAAAAGAAAGAUAGUAACGAAGACAAAGUUAUUCCAGAAGAACCUAUAAAAGUUGAGAAUCUGCCUUCUUCGUCAUCUUCACCUCCAACUACUUCAACACAUCACAACAUUUUUAAAUUAAAUGCUUCUACAAUAAGGAAUAAAAAACAUUGGAGAAACGCAAAUUUAGAUAAAGCUCUGUAUAAGUGGUAUAGUCAACAGAGAACCAGCGGUGUUAAUGUACAACGUUGCCAGUUGAAAUCGGAGUUCAAUGCUCUUGUAACACGUAUGGGACUCAAUAUCAAGGGUACUAAACAGUGGCUGUAUCGUUUUAAAAAGAGACAUGGCAUUAUGUUUUCUUUGAGCGAGGAACCCUGUAGUGAACCUUCAGAGUCUGAAAAGAAAAACAGUAACGAAGACCAACUUAAUCUAGAAGCAUCUAUAAAAUUUAAAAUGGCACCAAACAAUAAGAAGGUGAAGAGAAAACGCGUGGAGUUGAGUGUGGCGCAGAAAUUAAAGCUAAUCGAGAAGUUGGAACAAGGCGUGAUCUCAGUGACGGAUGUUUGUAACAUGUACGGCAUGCACCCAAAUACUGUCUCGAAUAUCAGGAAAUCAAAGCCCAAAUUACAAAAGUUUUUUUUAACACACAAUAUUGAUAGCUCUAAAUUACAUGCUUCUACAAUAGGGAAUAAAAUACGCAUGAAUUUUGGGCCAAAAAAAAAUUUAGGUAAAGCUCUGUAUGGGUGGUAUAGUCAAAAAAGAUCCAGUGGUAUUAAUGUACAACAGCUCCAGUUGAGAUCGGAGUUUAAUGUUCUUGUAACACGUAUGAGACUCAAUAUCAAGGAAACUAAUCAGUGGGUGCAGCGUUUUAAAAAGAGACAUGGCAUUAUUAUUUCUUCGUGCGAGGAACCCUGUAGUGAACCUUCAGAGUCAGAAAAGAAAAAUGGUACCGAAGACCAAGUUCUUCCAGAAGAACCUAUAAAAGUUGAGAAUCUGCCUUCUUCGCCAUCUUCACCUCCAACUACUUCAACACCUACCAAAAAUUUCGGAGAAUCUUUUAAAAUGGCACCAAACAAUAAGAAGGUGAAAAGAAAACGCGUGGAGUUGAGUGUGGCGCAGAAAUUAAAGCUAAUCGAGAAGUUGGAACAAGGCGUGAUCUCAGUGACGGAUGUUUGUAACAUGUAUGGCAUGCACCGAAAUACUGUCUCGAAUAUCAGGAAAUCAAAGCCCAAAUUACAAAAGUUUUUUUUAACACACAAUAUUGAUAGCUCUAACUUUCAUGCUUCUACAGUAGGGAAUAAAAGACUCAUUGAUUUUGGGCCAUAUACAAAUUUAGAUACAGCUCUGUAUAAGUGGUAUAGUCAACAAAGAUCUAGUGGUAUUAAUGUACAACAGCACCAGUUGAGAUCGGAGUUUAGUGCUCUUGUAACACGUAUGGGAGUCAGUAUGAAACAUACUUAUCAGUGGCUGCACGAGUUUAAAAUGAGACAUGGCAUUAUGGUAUCUUUGCGCGAUGCACCCUGUAGUGAACCUUCAGAGUCAGAAAAGAAAAACAGUACCGAAGACAAAGUUAUUCCAGAAGAACUUAUAAAAGUUGAGAAUUUGCCUUCUCCGUCAUCUUCGCCUCCAACUACUUCUACUCAUCGCAACAUUUCUAAAUUAAAUGCUUCAACAAUAAGGAAUAAAAAACGCUUGCAACAUUCGAAAAACGCAAAUUUAGAUAAAGCUCUGUAUAAGUGGUAUAAUCAACAAAGAUCCAGUGGUAUUAAUGUACAACAGCUCCAGUUGAGAUCGGAGUUUAAUGCUCUUCUAACACGUAUGGGACUCAAUAUCAAGGAUACUACUCAGUGGCUGUAUCGUUUUAAAAAGAGACAUGGCAUUAUGGAUUCUUUGCGCGAGACACCCUGUAGUGAACCUUCAGAUGCAGAAAAGAAAAACAAUACCGAAGACAAAGUUAUUCCAGAAGAACCUAUAAAAGUUGAGAAUUUGCCUUCUUCGUCAUCUUCACCUCAAACUACCCCUACACCUACAAAAAAUUUCGGAGAAUCUAUAAAAGUUGAGAAUUCCUCUUCGGAAUCAUGUUCGUCUCCGACUGAUAUUUAUCAGAAUUACUUUAAAAUGGCACCAAACAAUAACAAGGUGAAGAGAAAACGCGUGUUCUUGAGUGUGGCGCAGAAAUUAAAGCUAAUCGAGAAGUUGGAACAAGGCGCCUCAGUUACGGAUGUUUGUAACAUGUAUGGCAUACACCCAAAUACUGUCUCGAAAAUCAGGAAAUCAAAGUCCAAAUUACAAAAUUUUUUUUUAACACACAAUAGUGAUAGCUCUAAAUUACAUGCUUCUACAGUAGGGAAUAAAAGACGCAUGGAAUUUAGGCCAUAUACAAAUUUAGAUAAAGCUCUGUAUAAGUGGUAUAGUCAACAAAGAGCCAGUGGUAUUAAUGUACAACAGCACCAGUUGAGAUCGGAGUUUAGUGCUCUUGUUACACGUAUGACAGGCCUGGGCAAUUUUCACUGCCCGCGGGCGCCCGUUUGCCCGCGGGCAAUAGCUGUGCGUGUCGGGCAAGAGUGGGGAGACAGUUUCGGCAAGAGUGGGGAGACAGUUUCUGAACCUUCAGAGUCAGAAAAGAAAGAUAGUACCGAAGACAAAGUUAUUCCAGAAGAACCUAUAAAAGUUGAGAAUUUGCCUUCUUCGUCAUCUUCAUCUCAAACUACCCCUACACCUACGAAAAAUUUCGGAGAAUCUGUAAAAGUUGAGAAUUCCUCUUCGACGGAAUCAUUAUUAAUUCUUAUUUCCUUCCUUAAACAAAAUUUUCAUUUUCGCUUUUCCGUGGAGCAAAUCAACCAAAUCUUUCCACAGAUUCGCUGCAGUCCAUUCCACGACGCGAUAUACUGCGUAUUCUCAUCAAGGCGGGACGGAUGUUUGAGCUUCGGGAACACCCUCGACCUCUGCUCGGUGUUCUCCGCGAAUUGUCCGCAGGACGUUCGAGCUGCCUGGGCUUUUGAAAUUUUCGAUUUCGACGGCGACAAUCAAGUCUCUCUGAGCGAUCUGAUCGAAACGGUGCGGAGGCUGGCGAGCAUGGAGGCUCGCGCGGGCAGGCCCGAAUCGAUCGGCAACGAGGACGUAGCGCGAGUAGUCGGUGUGCAUUCCUGCUGUGCGUCCUCGACGCAUCUACAAAGGACGGAAUCGGGAAGCGAUUAA